AUGGAUAAAAUAACCAGGUUGCGUAGAGAACCCUACAGAAGUACUUUCGACGAGCAGUAGCGUCUAGACAAAGAUUGCAUGAAACUCAAGAGGAGAAAAGAGCGGAGCUGGAGAAUCAAAUGAAGGAUCUACAGGAAGAGCUGGCAGCAGAGGAAGACUCUCACGCAGCAGCGCUGGAGUGGGCGUAUGAUUCAAACUGCAAGCAGCUCAUGAGGGAUCUCUAUGCCAAUCAGUCCUCAUCCGAGGCACCUGUCAUCAUUGCCCAUAGUAACGGUACCCCAUCCCAUCAGGAGAGCCCAGAGUCUGCCGACCAGAUCACCAAUAGUAACCUUGAGGUUCAGUGGGUCAUCGAGCAAAAUCCCAAGGAGAGGUCAGAAGAGACCGGUGAGGUCAACCAUAUUGAAGACCAGUCGCUCAGACAGCGUCGUUUUUGUCACAGUGAUGAACUUGGUAAUGCGUCACCAAAGUCAGUCGGUUCAGAGCCUCCAUCACCAACACGAUCAACGGAGGAAUCUCCAAGAAAAGAUGCUGUCAUCCCAUCACCUUGGGGUUCACCACACCUGCUAAAUCCAUUCGCCGUUUCUAAAACGCCCAGAUAA